AUGGUGGUCUUGCAGAUGAGCGUGUACAAGGGCUCAGCAUGGCAGUGGAACGAGAAGCGUCGACAGUUCUACCUCCACCAGUUUUUGGCCGAAGAACCUGAUCUUAACUACCGCAACCCGCUCCUGAGGGAGGAAAUGAAGGUAAAUUACCUUACCUUGGCUGUGAUCUUUGGACGGCUAUUGGCAGAUCUGAGCCAAGAUGAGCCCACAGCCUCUGGCCCUCACGACCCGCGGGACUACAACUACCUCAACCACACCUUAACUACCAACCAUCCUGAGACGCUGGUGGUUCUGAGGGAGUGGCGUUUAGUACUCGAUCAGUACCCAAACAAGGUGUUGAUGGUGAGUCCAACAGGGGAAAAUAGUGAGUCAGUAAUGAGUUACUACGGUAACUCUACUCACCCCUUGGCCGACAUCCCACUCAACUCCUUGCUGAUCAACAGUCUAACGGAUCGCAGUCACGUGACUGGCCCAACUCUACGGUCCAUUAUUGGCCUUGGUCUUGACAAGCUACCCAAGGGAAAGUGGGCCAACUGGUUGUUAGGCAACGCGGACCAGAGACGGACGGCGACGCGCGUGGGCACCGACCUGGUAGAUGCCCUCAACAUGAUGAUCCUUCUACUGCCCGGUACCCCAGUUGUCUACUACGGCGAGGAGAUAGGUAUGGAGGACACGGCGAUCACCUGGAAUGAGACGAGGGACUCCCUGGGACUCCGCUGGGGACCCGACCACUACCGGGACCAUAGCAGGGACCCCGCCAGGACUCCAAUGCAGUGGGAUGACACUAAACUGGCCGGCUUCACUACAAGCAACAGCACGUGGCUUCCCGUCAACCCCAAUUACAAGACGCUCAACGUGAAGGGCCAAUCAGAGGCCCCUCAGAGCCACCUGAAGAUCUUCAAGGAACUGACGGUGUUGCGGGGACAGGAAGCCUUCAGGGAUGGUUAUCUGCAAUUUCCUGUGGUCACUAAAAACAUUUUUACGUUCAUCAGGUACGUGGAACGUGCCGACUCGUACAUGCUGGUCAUCAACACGUCGGUGGAUGAUGUUGUCGUCAACCUGCGCCUCAACUCCACUGUUCAACUCCCUCAAUCUGGCACUGUGGUCCUCCGUUCCUCGUCUGACACGUCCGCUGACACGCUGCCUGGGUCAGAGGUGCUCUUGGACGAGGUGCAUCUGGUAGCUGGCGAAGGACUGCUUCUCAAACUCUCCUUACAGUCUCCAUAGCUCCUGUCAACCCACACGUGUCAUUCACACACACACCUGUAAACACAAGUGUCAAAACACUGGUCCAUACACCUGCCAACACUCAUGUCAAUAACCAUAUUAAAACACCUGUCAACACACCUGUCAACUCCCCUCCCAGCGAGUGCUCACAUGCUUUACUCCCCCACAUCAAAGUUAUGUUCAACUAAUUAUUUUGAACAGUGAAAUGAAAGUAGUUAAGAGUCAGCAGGGGACUGUUCUCCCCCCCUUUCUCUUCACUCUCAACCUGAUCUAUUCUGUCUUCCUUCUCCUUCUGCUCCCC